AUGGGCCAAAGGCAGCUCUUUUGUUUGGGUCGCACACUUUUGAGAAGGUGCCGUAUCUUAGUUCUUGAUGAAGCCACGGCCUCUAUAGACAACGCGACAGAUGCGAUCCUUCAGAAAACAAUCCGGACAGAAUUCAGACAUUGCACCGUUAUUACAGUCGCGCACCGUAUCCCAACAGUUAUGGACUGCGAUAUGGUACUUGCAAUGAGUGAUGGGAAAGCAGUGGAGUAUGAUAAACCUGCGAAGCUCAUGGAAACUGAAGGAUCUCUCUUCCGCGAACUGGUCAACGAGUAUUGGUCAUACACAUCGAACGGAAACAAUUAG